AUGGUAAUGGAAAUCAGGGAAGGAGGGAACUGGAUGACUCCUUACAUAGAAUAUCUAGAAAAGGGAAAGCUCCCAGAAGAUAAAGCCGAGGCAAGGAAAAUUACAGCCCGAGCUGCCAAUUACCAAGCAGUAAGAGGAAUCCUAUACAGGAGAGGGAAGUCCAGCUCAUGGCUUCGAUGUGUAGGCCCGGAGGAAGCAACCAGGGUCUUGGAAGAGAUUCACCAAGGAAUCUGUGGAGCUCACGAAGGAGCAGGAAUCCUGGCGAACAAAAUUUUCAGGCAAGGAUACUACUGGCCCACAGUUAAAAAGGAGAGGAAUUUGUUAGAAAAUGCGACGUUUGGGAUACCGAGGGUGCUCAUAUCAGAUAAUGACAAGCAAUUCGACUGCAAUGCCUGCAAGGAAUUCACGAGAAAUAUGGGCAUAUGGCACAAAUUCUCUUCAGUGGCCCACCCUCAAACCAAUGGCCAGACAGAGGUCACAAACCGGGCAAUCCUCCAGGGGUUAAAGAAGCGACUGGACGGAGCGAACAAGAAUUGGGCAAACAAGCUCAAUAGCAUUCUAUGGGCAUUCCAAACCACCCUUAGGACACUAACAAAGGAAACACCUUUCGCACUGGCGUUUGGAACUGAAGCUGUGGUACCCGUCGAGUUACAAGUCCCCACUCAUCGAGUCCAGUUUAAUAGUGAAGACACCAAUGGUGAUAAAUUGAGGAGCAACCUGGAUGCCCUAGAGGAAGUCAGAGAAGAGGCCCAACUCCGCACCGCCACUUAUCAAUAG